AUGCUUACAAAUGGCCCUGAUCUGUUCAAGAACUGCGAUGUAUACAACCCCAAGAUCAGUGAUCACAGUAUGAUUUAUGGCGAAAUGACAGAAAAGGUUAAAAAACAUGCAACCAAGACUCUUGUCCACCGACAAACUAAAACUACUGACUUUGACAACUUUAACAAGGAUCUACUUGAUGCUCCAUGGCAUGUUGGUGAAAUCUUUGAUGAUUUAGAUGAUGCUUAUGACUAUUGAAGAAAUCUUUUUGAUAGUAUUGCAAAUGAACAUGCUCCCGUGAGAAAGAAACGGGUUCGUGAAAGAGAUGUAUGUUUCAUGUCUAAAGAAUGGGAAGCGGCUAUUAGAAACAAGAGGAAAUAUGCCAUUCAAUUUGUAAAAGACCGCACACCAGAAAACUUUGAACUUAAAAAGAAAUAUCGAAAUAUUGCCACUCGUGAACGGAGAAAAGCUCUUACUGCAUACUGGUACAAAAAGUCUGAAGAAAUGAAGUCCAAACCACAUGACUUUUUCGAUGCAUUUCGACCUUUCCUGAACAACAAAACAAAAGAUGCUAAUCCAAUAUUCCUUAAAAACAAACAUGAGGAUGGCAUUAUUGAAGAUCAAAGGCAAGUGGCUGAGACUCUCGCCAACUAUUUCUCCACUAUUACAUCUGAUAUCGGAGGCAACCAUGUAAUCAGUUUAACUGAAAAUGAAUUUAAUAAACACGGUAGUGUUCAAAUGAUCGAAACCAUCUAUAGUAACUCUUCAUUUCAAUUCAAACAUAUAAAUACAGAAGACGUACAAGAUUUGUUUGAAAACCUCAAUCCUAGAAAAUCUUGUAGUGACACUGGACUGGGUAUCGCACCAUCAGUGACGAAUCUUUACAGCAUAUGUAUUGAAAAUAGUAACUGGCCAGCUAUAUGCAGUAUGGAAAAGGGGAGA